AUGAUUAUAGUUUAUAACAAAAGUAUUUAUGAAUCAAAAGCUAUAUCUAACAAAUUUAAUAAAUACUUUAUCGAAAUCGGCCCUAAAUUAGCUAAUAAUGUUCUCUUUACCCCAGUCGCAUUCAAUGAUUUCUUAGUACCAAAGGAUGAUUGCAACUGUUCCAAAGAAAUAUACUCAGAAUUAUCUUUUGAUGAAUUUCAAAUCGCCUUUAAAUCACUAAAAAAAAAAAAAGCUAUCGGAGCUGAUGGAAUAAAUGGUGACAUAACUAUCGAGUGUUUUGAUCAUCUCAAAAAUAUUCUUUAUAAAGUUUAUAAAUCAUCUGUCUACCAAGGAGUUUUUCUUGAUCGUCUAAAAAUUGCAAUAAUUAUUUUAAUUUUGAAAGAAGGAGACUGUUGCAAUAUCAGUAACUAUCGCCCUAUAUCUAUCCUUUCUACCUUUUCAAAAAUCUUAGAGCGUAUUAUGUACAAUAGAGUAGGGGAGAGUGGUACUGAAUGGACCUUGUACUGA